AUGUCUUCAUCUUACCCCUCGUCCUCGAUGCGAGCUACAUCAAUUAAUUCCAACAACAGAACUGCCGGACACAUGUUUUCAAACCCUGCUGAGCUCCUUGAUAACGUCUCUUUUUCUCCUGCUUCAGAAAUGCAUUCUAUGCCAUUCCCGCAAGAUAUGCCUAUCCCGCAAGAUAUGCCUAUCCUGCAAGAAACCUGGGGAACGGAUCUGUUUGAUCCGUUUCCUGAUAAUGUUACAAUCCAGAACGAUCAUGUGGGAUACAGUGGUUCUGAUGUCUUGGGUGGAAAUGCUAAGACAACUGAGUUCAAGGAGUGGGUUGAUCAGUUAAUGUCGGUUGAUGAUGAUUCUCUUACUCCUAAUUGGAAUGAACUUCUCGGUGAUGAUAAUAUGGCAGAACCAUUAGCAAAGGAGGCUCAAGUUUCACUGCAGGAGGCUCAAGUUUCACUACAGCAGUAUGUACCAUCUAAUGAAGCUUCACUGCAGGAGAAUCAAGUUUUACUGCAGGAGAAUCAAGUUUCACUGCAGCAGUAUCUUCCUAAUUCUUCUGGAUCGACUACUUCACAAUCUAAGCCUAGAAUGCGUUGGACUCCUGAACUUCACGAGGCCUUCGUGGACGCAGUCAAUCAGCUUGGUGGUAGUGAGAAGGCUACACCUAAGGGUGUCUUGAACCUGAUGAAAGUUGAGGGCCUUACCAUCUAUCAUGUGAAAAGCCACCUGCAGAAAUAUAGAACUGCCAGAUACAAACCUGAAGCAUCAGAAGGAAUUCCAGAGAAGUUGACUUCAAUCGAAGAAAUGCCGCCUAUAGACUUAAAAACGCCUAAGGGCAUUACCGAAGCAUUGCGGUUACAGAUGGAACUCCAAAAGCGGCUUCAUGAACAACUUGAGAUUCAAAGAAAUCUACAGAUUCAAAUUGAGAACCAAGGGAAGCAUCUACAGAUGAUGUUUGAGCAACAGCUCAAGUCGGGCGAGCCUUCUGCUCCGUCAUCUAGUGCCGCAGUACCUUCUCCAGUUGAAAAUGUUGAAAACUCAAAUGAGGGUCAUGAAAAGAUUGGAAUCAACUGUAUCACUCCAAACACAAGCGCGGAGCAAAAGGCAGAUGAUGCUAAAGUUACUGAUGAACUUGACCAGUUAUCCGCACCACCCUCAAAACGAGUGAAGACUGACUAG